AUGUACAAUCUUAGUAGUUACCCUCCUCCUCGGUACUCCAGUUGUCCCCGGCCUGGUCCUCGCGGGUUACCCUCUCCCCCUACCCCUAUCCCUUCUCCUAUGAGUGUUGAGUGGCGCAGUCCAUAUCAUAGUCCCUCUUUCCCGCAUCCGGGUAAUUCCCAUAGGGUAUAUCCACUGGUAGUCGGCCUCGUCCCCCCCACCCCGCUCAGGCAUCUCCCCCCUACAUUGAUCUCGUGCCCCCUCGCGGAGGUCCCGUUUCCGCUGGAGUAUCUACAUGUUCUCCCCCUCUCAUUGAUCCCGUGGGUCCUAGCCGAGGUCCCGGAUCCACUGGAGUAUCUACACGUCCAGUUAUCACUACUGCAUCAUCAGUGGAUGAAUGAAUUGAGGAAGCUGACGAAGGACCUGAUUAGAAAGGUCAAAGUGUCUGAUCACGACCUGGCUGACGAAUAUGAUGAGAAGCUGCAGGAUACGAUGAUCCGUUAUUACAAGGCCCCAUGA